UCUUCACUAACUAAAAGUGCACUUGGAUCUUUAUUUUCCCUAAGCAUUUUAAAACAACAUGAAAUGUAUAACACUAUAGCUGCUUUGAAUAACUCAUUGCAUUGAUUUAUUUCAGAUCAUGUAUGCGGACAGCCCUGAAAAGCUGGAGAGCGCUACUAUAAAACUACGAGAAAGCUCCCAAACAUCUUAUUUUUCACGUGUGGAAGCCUUUUUAAACCGGAAAGAAGAGUGGGUCCUUAUGUUUUGUACCAAGGUGAUAACGCGUGGCCACAACACGAAUAAUUUUGCGGAGGCGUCCAUUCGUAUCCUCAAGGACAUUUUACUUUCCCGCACGAAAGCCUUCAACGCUGUUGCUCUAGUGGAGUCCAUAGCAGAAGUGUGGGAGCUCUACUUCAAGAGCAGGAUAUUGAAGCAUGCACAUAACCGUGUCCCCACACACCAUCUGCUCUAUGACAGUCUCCUAAAGAAGGCACCAGAAGGAGCUGAAGCAUCAGUUAUUUCACUUGGGGACAACUGUUUUUCUGUGCCAAGUUUUGGAGAGAAUCGCGAAGUGUAUGAUGUGUGUGGAGACAUAGGCCUGUGUACAUGUCCGGCUGGUUGCACAGGUGCCUUCUGCAAGCACCAGGCACUUGUGCACAAGCAUUUUGGCGGCAUUUUCCCUAACUGCCCAGCACUUACAAUAGCUGACCGCCACGAACUGGGAAGGCUUGCGCUUGGAGGUGCGUGCCCAGGCAUUGAAUUUUUUGCCAGCUUCUGUGACCCCAUUGAAGUGCAAAGUGAGCAGCAUGGCCCAGAACUUCAGCAUGAAACUGUCGCUGCUAAUGAAGAUGAAGAGCAACAAGACUAUCCAGCUGUUCUUAAACAAUAAGUUUGUCCGUCAGCAUCAGGCCUCGAGCAGCAAGACAGCCAGGUGCGUGGCAGUUUCCAUGGUCGGCUUAUUUAAAAAAUCGGGUAUAAAAAAUAAGUAGCACCAAAUCAUGCAACUAGCUGACUGGGAAGUAAUCAAGCAUCUGACAUUCUACUUCUGUAGUUUGUAAUAUUCAGGAAAAUUCCCCUGGCAUUCCACUGCCAUAACUGUCUGAAUCACUGUAAGCAUACUUUCUAUGAUGCACCUAUACAAGACAAAUUCUAUAUAAACUAACAGUACAGCUAUUUUCGGCCUUCACUUUAUCAUUCUCUCAUGAAGCAACGAAGCAGUACGUGUGAUGGGUGACACGGCUUAUAAUAAGGGUAAACCAUUGCGUUAGCUUCAUAGGAAAUGUCCCAAGGAGAGUAGCUUUGGCUAAAAAGGUGUGCCCUCUGUCUGCAUACAACUCAUAAUCAUUAUGCACUAUACUUGGCACAAAAAUGAAAAAAAAAGAACGAAAGAACAAAGCACAAACUAGGAACCGUUUAUCACCAUUGGUAAAUAUAUAUUAUAAGGAACCGCUUUAUUCCAGCUGACCUCGUGCUGCCUCGCAAAGAUGCUGUGCAGCUGACAUAUACAGAUGAGGAAGAUGUACAAUGAAUGAUAUGUAGAGAUGAUGAAAGUCAGGCAUGUGUUGCACUCAGAAUAUGUGCAUGCAUGGUGAUAGGCAUGUGAUAUAGCAUGUAGUUGAAGCAUAACACGUAAAGACGUCGUAGGCCAAAACUGCAGAUAUUUUUGUAUCUGAACAAAACUCAGGCAGUGCCCCCCGCUUCCCUUGAGCCCAACAAGGACUUUGAAUAACGUGUUCUUUCUCUCUCUUAUGAAAGUCCUUUUUUUUCUUUACCUCAAGUUAGCCCAGCUUUCUCUCUCUGCCUUAGUUUUUGCUCUUGAAUCUACCUUUAUUCUUUGUAACAGUAGCAAACACUUGUACUGUUUGCAGCUGUCUUUGGAAUUGCUGGGUGCCACCUGUUGUUGGCAUGUGUAUUUUCGCUCCCAUAGGCUCGCACAUCACUUAGUCUGCUCUGUGUACAGUGCUCAGCGAUAGACAGCAUGGCAGUCGGUGCUUGUGCCACUGGUGAUCGCUGAGUAGGCCGAAUGCAGUUACGAUGCACCAAAAAGACUCUCACUUCCAUGUGACAU